UGCAGUUUUACCACUCGAAUUCUUGCAAAAGAUAGGAAUGUGGGGAAAGAAAGAGAGUUUUCAGUAUUUAUGUAAUGAAGAUUUUAACAUGUCAAACUAAAUGAUUAAUAGAUCCACGUCACAUCAUGAAUGAUUUAGAACAACAUAUUUGUGCAUAAAAUAACAUUUUGUUCUUGAAAUAAUGGAAUAGAUUUCAUAUUUUACAAAACGCUAGAUGGCAGUAAUUCAACUAUUUUACAGCAAGCGGUUCUACCAUUUAUUGUUGCCCGUUCAUGACCGAUUUUCAGCGUUUACUAUCUAACUUAACCUUUGCGAAAUACACAAAAUUCUAACAAUAACAUAACGGUGAAACGUUAAUUAAGUGUUAGUAGUGUGCACGUGUGAAGAGAUUAAUAAUGUACUCACUUUUACUUAUUACACAAUCAAGUAAAGCCGAAGUAUGUUGUGAGGUUUGUGAGACAUUCCAUGAGUAACUUUCUUCAAACUAUGUCUGCGACGAUGAUGGAUCCCUGAUGCAAAGCUUCAGUUGUAAUACAAGAUUUUAUUUAGCAAUUUGCAAUGCCAGGCUGUGCAGCAGUGGGCUGCAAUAACCGCAGUGAAAAGGGUUAUACUAUGAAAUGUUUUCCUCGUAAUCCAAAGCUCAGAAAAAUUUGGACAGAGCGUGUUGGCAGAGCUGAUUGGGAACCAUCUAAUAAUUCUUUUCUUUGCCAUAUGCACUUUACUCCAGAACAAUGGAUUGUAACAAAUGAUGGAAAAGUUAAAUUAAAGAAAGAUGCUCUGCCGUCCAUAUUCACCAUCACUUCAACAAGAAAGUCACCAAGAAAGAGAAGGAAGUGGGAUAAUGCCAUAAUGUAUGAUGGUGAACAAGCAGGUUAUACAGUGAACUAUCUAGAACAUAAGUUGGAAUAUCCUGCAGAUGUAUUUGCUCAAGGAAUGAGUAAUGGUACAAAUGAAAGCGAAGUCUCAAACCCGCAAACGGUAGAAAUAGCUUCAGAAAUUAUAAUAAAAGAUGAAAAGUAUUCUUCUGAUGAUGAUUAUCAAAUGCUCUCUGAAAAUAUUCUACAGCAAGUUGAUGAAGAUAAUGUUAUUAUAGUAUCAGAGAAAAACACACGUGAAAUUCGGAAACUGAUACAUGACAAUAGCUUUAUCAUAGUGGCUGAUGAGAAUGACAAAGAAAUCGGUCAACUUAUUAUGAACGAUAAUACCUUUGCAGAAAAAAACAGUGGUACUGCAAAAGUAGAAGUUAUUGGUGACAGUGAGGAGGAUCAAAGCACGUUUGAUCAUAAUUAUGACGAGAUAGAGGAAAAGUUAAAACAAAUAUGUGACGGAGAUGGCAGUCCGAACGAUAUUAAAAGUGCUUACAUGAUAGAGAAGAAAAUUGAAAAAAAUGUUAAUAAAAAAUCAAUUAUUACGAAAAAUGGUCCAAUUAAAAAAAAUAUAGGGCAGUCGUCGGGAAACAUAGAAAAUAUUUUUGGGGAUAGCGAAAAUGAAAGUACAAACGAAACUCGAUCUUAUUUGGCUCAGAAUCAUAAAAAUUCUGUUGUAAAUCCCGAAGUGCCUAAGGAUCCAAAUAACAAAAAGACAACUAUGUUACAAGAUGAAAAUAUGAGUCUCAACAAUAUAAGACAAGUCUUUGCUGAGGAUUUGGAAAAUUUUGGAAGGGACGAAGUACAUGUGAUACCAAAUAUGCGGGCAGCUAUGAAGCGAAAAAGGAGAACCAGAGAAGAAAUUAUGAAAUCGAUAGAAAAGACAAUUGGAUCCAUAUCUGAAGUAGAUCUUAAGCCUUAUAAUCAGACUGUUGUAAUGCCUGAAAAGUCUCACAAGAGGAACGAUAAAAAACGAGCAUUGCACAAAUUAUUGUCAAACUCUAGAGACACUGAUUCAUUAGCAUCAAACAAAACAAAGUUCACAAUUAAAGUAACUGGUGUAUCUGAUUAUGUGACUGACAUAAUCAAAGGAUUAGAAACCAAAUCCAAUGUGACGUAUGAUUCUGGAGAGAAGCUAAAUAUCCCUUUUUGUGAUGACGAAGGUAAUUCUUUUAUUACAUCAGUAAUUGCUGUUCAAGAAGGGGAUCUGGAUGGUUUUAAAGAUGAUGAGAAUAGCGAAGAUAUAGAGAAUACAACAUCAAAUGAGCAGAAGGAAUAUAUUGCAUCAGAAGCACUGGCCCCACCAAGAAGUAAUAGGGCUGAACGCGUGUUAAGAUUCAAUGAAAAUCUGCAACAUGUCCAAGAACAUGAAAGAGCAAAAGAUACAAACAUUAAAUAUGUUUCAUGGAGUAACAUAAGGAAGUGCGAUAGUUCAGAUCCAUGUAUAGCAGCCGAUACGCAAAAUCAAAUUAAAAAAAGUGGAUCACCAUUCAAGCCAAAUUAUGCAAACGGGUCUUCGCAUUUCUAUAAAGAACUCCAACGGAAAGUGGGCGUGCAACAGGAAGUGAUUAAUAGGCUAAGUAACCAGUUAAUCAUGUAUAAAGAUCUAGAGAAUAAGUUAAACAGAGUAAAUUUAGAAUUGCAAUUGAAGAAUAAAGAGAUUGAUGAACUAUCACGUAAAACAAAUAAGAAGUCAGCUUCUGUUCAAGAUAAACACGGCAAUCGGAAGGAUCUCGAAGCAAAGCAAAAGCAGAUUCAUGAUUUAUCUACAAGAAUUGAUCAGUUGGAUGAAAUGAAUAAGAAACUAAUGAAAACAGUAACACUGGAAUCUCAAAAUAAGCGAAAAUUAGAAGCACAAAUCAAACAAAAAGAUGAUCGAAUAAAGGAACUAAAUUGGAAACUGGAUAAAGCAGCAAAGUUCCUUGAACGAGCAGAAAAGAAUACCAACACCUACAAAAAGAAAAUGACGCGAAUGCAAACCAUGCUCAGACGACAAAAACUUUUGGAUGAAAGAAACGGUCAGUUUAAAGAAAUGUUGAUAGAUAAUGCUAAACAUGACUUCUCGGAGGCAUCCUUGUUAACUGCAAUGGAUAUUAAAAAUUUAUGUGGAGAGAAGGGUUAUGAGAAAUUACUUAGCUAUGAUUUUCCGCUCCCAUCUUUAAGAACAUUACGUAAACGUUUUUUAAAAGAAGGGAUGACAGAGGAUGACUGGAAUGAAGAAAAGUUGGAGACUCCCUUGUCAGAAUCUGAUAGAGCUGACGGUAAUCAUCAAAAAGAGACUGUAGAUCCAGAAUCUAGCGAAAUUAUCGAAACAAUCACACCUGAGUUGAAUGUUAAUGAAAGUAAUGGUAUGGAACAAGUGGACAUUUUAGAAACUGUUACAGGAACUGUGCAGGACAUUUUCGAUGAAAAUAACGAUGCUGAUGAUUUAAAUUCAAGUGAAUUGAGUGAACACUUUAUUAUGCAGUUAAAUGCUAAUUUGUAAAUUUGAAACCAUCUAUUUUUAAAAGAUAAUCAUUUGCUUUUGUAACUAUUUUAUUCUCGCAGUGCGGAUAUUACUCAGUAGUUUAAUAUUUUGUUGUCAUCCUAUUAUAUGAUAGUCAUGUAAGUGUUUUAAAGCAGGUCUGUCUAACUGCAAGUGCCCCAAGGGCCGCUUUAAAAAAAAAUGCUGUUUGGAGGGCCGCCUUAUAAAAUACUUCGUAUGCAACUUUAUCAGUGAGUUUUAAUAGGUAUGGUAUACAAAGAAAAAACGCGUUUGUAUUAUUAUUCUAAUUUUAUUUGAGGGUAAUUUAUACAUUUAGAGGCCCGCUCCGCGGACAGCUGGACAGCCCUGUUUUAAAGUAUCAUUUUCGCUGUAUCAGUCAAGUGCUUUAAACAUUUUUAUUGUAAAUAUAUGUACAAAACAUUUAAGAAA